CGCACCUACCCGCAGUCGGUCGCAGGUGGUCGGUCAGUGCGGCGGCUCCGGUCAGGUCAGGUCAGGUCAGAUCAGGUCAGGUCAGCGGGUCAGGUCACCAGUCGGCACCAUGAGCUACUACCCGCGCUACAGCAGCAGCUACCGCAUCAGCCGCGAGCCGGCCGGCACCACCUACUACACCAGCUCGUACGUCACGCCCACCUACUUCUCACCGGGUCGCAGCUACACCUACACGGUGCCGACCAGGUCCUACAGCUACACGGUGCCCGACAGGUCCUACACGCUGCCCACGCGCACCAGCUACUACAGCUAUGGCAACAGCAUGGUGCCCCUGGGCGCGGUCAGGGACCUCCCCAUAGUCGGCCGGGGCCGCACGUACUCGCCGUCCAUGUCGGCGGACUCCCACCGGCGUGUGACGCGCGCCGCCGAGCCGGGUCACUCGUUCACCAGGAUGCCAGUGCUGCUGCGCGACCCCGAGACCCUGGUGGUGAUCCCGCACCGGCGCCAGCUGACGCACGUGGCCGACGCCCUCGGCGACGACCCCGUGCUGCAGCUGCCGCCCCGGAUACCGCGAUACUCGAGUACGGGCUGGACCGUGCCACGUGUAAACUAUAAGAGCGCGGCGAGUCUCACACCCGGAUACUACGAAGACCGCCUGCACGAGACAGACGAAAUCAACAACGCCCACGCUAGCCGAAGGAUCAUCGAAAUGCUUCAGCCCAUCGCCAUUCCCAAGAAGUUCUACCCGCGAGAGGCGGAGUGGAAACCGAAGCCGUACAAGAGGCGCACCAUCGAGGAUGAGCUGAAGCCGGUGCGGCACAACAUCGCCGUCCGCUCCUACUUUGACCGAAACAAGGAGGCGGCCGACCACGACUCCAAACGCAUAGGCUCCGGUAACGUCUCCUGCCUGAACUUUGUCGGCGGGAAGGUGACCAGUCGCCGGCCGCGCACGCGGUUCUACGACCACGACAAGAUCCGCACGGAGAUCGACCUGCUGUCCCGCUACGGUCACGUGCGCGAUGACCUUGACCUGCACCAGUUCAAGGACAUGAAGCUGCAGCAGAUGCCGGGGCAGCCAGGCGUCUACAAACUGAUCCAGUCGCCCGACAGACCGCCCCGGAGAAAGGCCGCCUCCGAGGAUCCCGAGCUAGCCAGAUACUCCAGGAGCUCGGCAGCGGCCGACUCGUCUUCGGGCCUCACCAACGGACCCCUGACGAACGGUCACUCGGCGGAGAGCGGCCGCCGGGCCGGCUCGCCCCCUCCUGAGACCGUGCAGGAGGAGCCCGAGGAGGAGCCGGAGCCGGAGCCGGUCAAACAGGCGUCCCAGGAGCCGCCGGCCAGGGAACCCACUCCUGAGCCGGUCAAGGAGCCAACUCCUGAGCCAGUGAAGGAACCCACCCCUGAGCCAAUCAAGGAGCCAACUCCUGAGCCAGUGAAGGAGCCGACCCCUGAGCCAGUGAAGGAGCCCACUCCUGAGCCAGUGAAGGAGCCCACUCCUGAGCCAGUGAAGGAGCCGACCCCUGAGCCAGCCAGGGAACCGACUCCUGAGCCAGUGAAGGAGCCGACUCCCGAGCCCGAACCAAUCAAGGAACCUACUCCUGAGCCUGAGCCAGUCAAGGAACCCACUCCUGAGCCUGAACCUGUAAAAGAGCCUACUCCUGAGCCUGAGCCUGUCAAAGAGCCCACUCCUGAGCCUGAGCCUGUCAAAGAGCCUACUCCUGAGCCUGAGCCUGUCAAAAAGCCCACUCCUGAGCCGGUGGAAGAAGCAACUCCUGAAGCAGAGGAGGGCCCCGAGCCUGUCAUCGAAGAGCCGGAUGACGUCAUUGAAAUCCCCGUCGACAGGCAGACGGAAGCGGAGCCGGAGCCGGUUGAGGAAGCGCCGGCGCCGCCACCGCUAAAAUUCAAAAGCUGUGGAAUACCAGGGUGUGAGUGCCUGCUCGAUUUAGAUGAGCUCAACAUAAACACAUCAGAGUCGGCCGGUGACGGGGCUCCCGCCGGUGACGACCAGGCGGACUGGUCGGGCAUUCCACUCGCCGGCUCUGCUGCCGGCGAGGUCAGCAUCGUCGUGGACCAGGUCGAGACAGCAGACGAGCCAGCCGUCCCCGUGGACGAAGACGCCAGGAGUGAGGCCAGUGAGGGCAGCCGUGCCAAACUCUCUCAGAUGAAGAGCGAGGCGGCGCAGCGCAUUGAUGACCUCGAGCGGCUGAUCGGAGAACACCAGGAGAUUGUUGAGGAGUUGAAGCGAACAGAGAGCAGUCAGGGCAGCCUGGCUGAGAUGGGCGCCAAGUCGCCGUCGGCUUCCCCCGUGCCGCCCCCGUCGGACGGCGCCGAGGAGGUCAUCUCCGACGUGCCAGAGGUGUCGGCAGGAGCCGACGACGGCGCCUCCGACCUCGCCGAGGAGGAGACCACGCCGCGUGCGCAGUCCGAACAGGAGGACGACGAGUGAGCGGCGGUGCGGCGCGCACACACGAGGACUGAGAACUGCCAGGGGCCGGCGCGGCGGCGAGCGGCAGUGGGCGGAUACCCCGCAGCUCUGCCCGACCCCCGACCGGCGGGGACAGAGACAGAGGUGGAGGACAGAGGGCAGGGAACGCUCGCAGGUCCGGCUGAGAGAGAGAGAGAGGGUAGGAGGGCUCCAUCCAGCCGACCCAAUAGAGCUCUCCGAGGACCGACAAGGUCGCUGACGUCCUACGCGGGAGACGGCUCCACGCUCGUCUUCAUACUGUAUUCCAGACCUCAUUUUUCUUCGUUUCCGUCACUUGUUUUCCGAGAGAUGUAAAAAUGGAGAACGCCGGCGCAGUGCGAGUGGAGCGUAGCGAACCGUAGUGUAAUGCGUUAAUAUUUUCUUUCUUUCUGUUUCUGUAUUGGCGGCCUCGAGACCGCUGCCGCGCGGGCUUUUCAUCAGUAGCGUGUUGCGUGGAUUGUUACACCGACAAAAAGGGCGGGACGCGAACCCGAGGCAGGUGGCCCGGCGACAGUAGCGCCACAGCAGCAGUUUGAUGAACUGCCGGCUGCUGCGGUCGCCGCUAGGUGGCCGAUGCUCUGUCGACCGGGUCCACCAGCAUUGGCGGCGCCUCCUGUAUCAUCUGCAUCAUCCACGACAUAAUAUAUCAUCAUCGAGCGCCA